AAAAAAAAGUGAAAAUGGAAAGGAAAAUAAAAGCAAAGACAAACCCCAACCACGUGGGAAAAACAUGGGUAGAGCGAGAAGAUCGAUGAACCACAGUGCCACACAAAGGCCCGCAAAAAUUGUGACCCAUCAUUUUUCUAAAUGGCUGAACCCAGAAAUUUUCUUGGAAAAUUUUGGCCAUAUGGAAAAUACGCUGGGACUUCUCAGGAUUCGUGUGCAGAGGGGUAUCAAUCUUGCAGUUCGUGAUACUCGAAGCAGUGACCCUUAUGUGGUUAUCACCAUGGGUAAUCAGAGAUUGAAGUCUCGUGUGAUAAAGAAAAACUGUAAUCCAGAGUGGAAUGACGAAUUGACUCUUUCUAUUUCGGAUCUUGACACUCCAAUCACUCUAACAGUGUACGACAAAGACACAUUAACUGUGGAUGAUAAGAUGGGUGAGGCAGAGAUUGAUAUUAAACCCUUAAUCGAAUGUCUUAGAAUGGGUUUGGAAAAACUCCCAAAUGGCUGUGUAGUGAAGAGGGUUCAGCCGAACAGGACAAAUUGCCUUGCUGAUGAGAGCAGUUGUGUCUGGAACAACGGCAAAAUCGUUCAAAACAUGUCUCUCAGGUUGAAAAAUGUGGAGUGUGGGGAAGUUGUGCUUCAGCUUGAGUGGAUUGAUCUUCCAGGUUGUAAAGGUCUAGGAGUUGACCCUAUGGUCUAAAUAUGUAGUUCUAGCUUACAAGCUUACUGUCUUUGCGCUUGAAAUAAGUUUGACGCGUUUUCUGUAUCAGAUCUGUUGUAAUAUGUACAUCCAACGUGUAGGUAUCAUCUAUGUGGACUUUUUUGUAAAUCUGGUUGAACUUUCUGAAUAAAAAUUAUGUAUAACUUUUGUAA